AUGGCAGCCAGUCAAUCCUCCGUGCGCGUGACGCGCGACCCGCAGACCAAGGCCUACUGCAGCAGCGUGACGCAGAGCAUGCCCGAGCCGCGCGACUGCACCGUCUUCCAGCUGCUGCUCGACGGCGUCGCGUUCGACGAUGCGCACGUCUGCUUUGCCGAGACGAAGAGCGGCCGGGAGCUGACCCUCGGCUCGCUGCGACUGCAGGCGCAGCAGCUCGGCCUCGGGCUGCUCCGCGAGGGGCUCAAGCCGGGCGAUGUCGUGAUGCUGCUGCUGCCCAACAGUAUCGCCUUCGUCGUUGUGCUCCUUGCCACUCAAUUCGCCGGACUGCGCUGCGCCCUGGCCAACCCGGGCUACAUGGCCAAGGAGCUCAAGCACGUGCAUGAUCUUGUGCAGCCACGCAAGAUCUUCACCACCACGACGCUCAUGAAGAACCUGAUGCGCAGCGGCCUCUCGUGGAACAAGGCCGUCACGGUCGACCAGUCGAUUGGCAGGGGUGGCGCACGCUUCCUCAAGGAUCUCAUGGUCAGCGAGGAGCAGGCAAAGCAGGCAGAGCCAUUCAUUCCGCAGAGCUUCAACGAGACGACGUACCUUCCGUUCAGCAGCGGCACGACAGGCAUGCCCAAGGGCGUGGAGAUUUCGCACAAGAACGUCGCAGCAAUGGUCAACACGCUCGUCUCGAUUCCAGAUGGGCUGGGAAGAGGAGAAAAGACGAUUGGCUUCCUGCCCUUCUUCCACGCCAUGGCGCUGCUCAUUGCAGUGCACUGCACCAUCGUGAAUCGCGGCAAGGUCUUCAUCAUCCCGGGCUUUGAGCCAGUGGCCUUCGCCGAGCUCGUCAAGAAGGAGAAGAUCUCGAACAUCGGCCUCGUGCCGCCAGUGCUGAACGUGCUUGCCAUCCAUCCCAAGAUCACAAAGGAGCACUUCGCCUCCGUGCGCUAUGCCUCGUGCGGCGCUGCGCCUCUCGAUGCCGACACACAGCGCAAGUUCUCCGAGAAGACUGGCAUCUGGGAUGUGCGGCAGGGCUGGGGCAUGACGGAGACGACGGUGGGCUGCUUCGGUCUCAGCCAGGGCGCAGAGAUCGGCACCGUGGGACGCAUCAUGCCAGGCUGCUACGCUCGCCUCGUCGAUCCAGACACGGGCAAGGACGUGGAGCAAGGCGAGCGAGGCGAGGUGUGGGUGCGCGGCGAGAACAUCACAAAGGGCUACUACCGCAACGCGGAGGCGACGAAGGGCACCUUCUCCGACGACGGCCAGUGGCUCAAGACGGGAGACGUGGGCGUCAUGAAUGACAAGAACGAAAUGCGCAUCGUCGACCGCAUCAAAGAGCUCAUCAAGUACAAAGGCUGGCAGGUCGCGCCGGCCGAGCUCGAGGGCUUGCUCCUCACCCAUCCCAAGGUCAUGGCGGCGGCCGUCAUUGGCGUGUACAGCAAGGAGCAGGCCACUGAGCUGCCACGCGCAUUCAAGAUCACGCCGGGCAGCGAUGCCGAUGCGACGGCGCAGGAGAUCAUCGACUUUGUCAAGGCCAAGACGUCGCCGCAGAAGUAUCUGCGCGGCGGCGUGCGCGUGCUCGAUGUCGUGCCCGUGUCGCCGAGCGGCAAGGUGCUGCGCAAGGAGCUGCGCAAGCUCGUCGAAGCAGAAGAGGCGGCGGCCGCUGGGAAAGAGCCGCAGGCCAAGCUGUGA